AUGUCACUGGAAACUCCGACCGAUACUAACUCUUCGUUCACUUCAGAAGAACUCAAUGAGCAAUUGUUCUAUCAUAUAGAGGAUGAACCACUUCGUUCACCAACUCCUCCGCCUAUACUCGAUGCAAUCGAAUACGAAUUCGAUGAUCUUCUUGCGAGCAGAAUGCCUCCGCUGAUGCUCACACCACCACCAGAGGAUCCAACGAGACCGGAGACUUCUACGUCUUCUAUUUUUUCCUUUGACGUGGAACCAGUCAGAACGCCUCCACCAAGUGAACGUCUCCGACUUCCGACGUUUAUUGUACCUGAGAAUCAAGGAUUCUUCGAUUCAGUGAGCGCAUCGGAUACUAAUCUCUACAUUUCAUUCGGCAAAUGGUACGAUGACUGUACACCUUUGGGCGAUUCAUUUGCAGUUGUUUCCGCUGAAGAGCAAGCGAAACAUCCCAGAGAAACUCGAUCUGAACCAGAAUUGCCUUCAUUGUUCAAGAAACGAGAACAUGGUUGCGGAUACUGCCGAUCGAUAAGUUAUCCAAGAUGGGAAAAUCAUACCAAACAGAAAUGUGAGCAACUGAAAGCCUUGGCGCCGUGUAAAAUUUGUGGAGCUAAAGGAGAAAUGAAUCACACUGAGACAUACUGUCCAGCAAAACCUUCCGUCCUUCUCCCACUUACUCAGAGAUAUCUCGAGUCUUCUGAAGCUGGUCGUUAUCAACGUAACCGUGAACACUUCCAUAAGUAUUCUUCGUGGAUACGUCGUAUCUACUCAUCCAGUGACUAA